UGACUCCCAUCCAAAACCAGCCUCAGUUUGGAGCUCAUCCACCAUGACAAGAACAUAAAUGGGUCCAAAGCGCCACUUCCACUGCCUGUCACGGUUCUGGUGCCGGAGGUACUCCCUUCCAAAAAUGACUUUACUGCUCGCACUCAUAUAUGUUGUUUAUUUAUGUUUUCGGUGUAAAGUGGACUUUGGUCUGCUGAGCCGGAAUGGAGCAAAAGUGCGGGUGAGUGUUUUGCUAAAUGAGGACGUGUCGGUUCCGACCCGCCCCAACGUGGUGUACAUCACUUUGAAGUCCAAGCGCCUCAAACCGGCCAACAUUCGCGGCACGAUCCGACCCAAACUGAGGAGCAAAGCGAGAAGAAUCACACGCGAACAUCAAGAGUCCAUUAAAGCCAAACGGACUUACACACAACGGAGCUCGAACCCGCCAGAUUGGAGAGCAGAAGGAGCGGACCCUCCUGUGAGUCCGAUCCGGAUUUAUAGCAAGACCGCGCCGCCAUGGCUCAGCGCGCGCGACGUGGCCACCAUGCGCGCUCUCGCCAGUGCCAGAGUCGUGCGCGUCCACGCGCCAGCCUCCUCGAGACCGCUGCUGAUCUUGGAGGAGGAGCCGCAGAACAGCACUCACCUGUGCCGAGGACCGUGCGGGCUCAUCCACGACCCGGUGGACUCGGUGGAGGUGUUCGCCUUCCAUUUGGACCGAGUGCUCGGACUUAACAGGACUUUGCCGGUCGUGAGCAGGAAGGUGGCCUUCUUACACGAUGGCCAGCCCAGUCCUGUGGUGGCAUGGAAACCCUCGCUCUACCCAGAUGAUGCUGUGAGGUUAACUUGGGGCGAUUACCAGCGAUCACUAAAACAGAAGUGCUGGCUGAAGAAUAUCACUCCGAAGCCAGCCUCCAACUGCUCUACCAUCCAUCACUUUGAGUGGAGCAAAAUGGCACUCUUUGAUUUUCUCCUGCAGAUUCACAACCGUCUAGAUCCGAGCUGCUGUGGCUUCAGUCCCCGGCAGCAGGACGCUUGCUACGAAGCCGGCCGCCAUCUUGAAUGCGCAGACCAGGACCGAAUCAAACUGGCAAACAUCGUACACAGGGGACAAGACCCUCGGCAUCUGGUCUUUACUGCCAACAAGGGCUACUUUGACCGCAGCGAGGACAACCUAGACUUCAGGCUGCUGGAGGGAAUCAAAGAGCUUCCUGAGCGGUCCGUGAUGGUGCUGAGGAGCGGGAGGCUGAGGGAGAAGCUCCUGCAGUCGCUCUUCCUGGACCAGACCUACUGGGAGAGCCGGGGCGGCCGAAUGGGCAUCGACAAGCUCAUUGACGUCAUCGAGAGACGGGCCCAGGUCCUCCUUAGAUACGCCAACGCGCACGGCAUUGCGGCUGUGGCCAUGAGCGAGUGAUGGGACGGUAACUAGGACUGAAAGAACCUUGUUGGCGUUCAAUUUGUCUACUUUUCUGUCCCAUUGUGAACCCAAAUGCGGCCAUCUUUAACUUCAUGGCUAAUUAUUAUCUUCAGCCCUUAUUUUUGCCUAAUCGCCAUUAUUUGCUCUCUGGAAUAAAUGUGCUGAUAAAAGGUUACAGUCACACGGCGGGCCAACAACACACUUUGCAUUUUUCAUUAACACUUUCAGCAAAGAUUAGCAAUGAAACAUUAACUACAACAAAAUUAAUAUUGUAUAAAGUUUACCGUUGCCGUUAACUUUGGUGUCUUUUUACGCAUUGAAAUCAGAAAAGACGCGCAUUUGCGGAAAUCUGCCCGUGCCCGGGACACUUUUUUUUUUUUUUUUUACCUACCGUGCCUUCUCCGGGUCAAAACUCUGGUGUACUUGUUUUUUUUUUUUUUUUAUUGAUUAUCGCUUUCUGCCGGUGUUUUGUUUCGUUUAUAUUUGCAGGGUCAAAUUUCAGUCCCCGUUCAUUGUGUUGUUAUUGGUCGACUUUUAAAGUAAUGAACUUUACGGUACAAUUGCUUAAAUUCUGAUUCGCCAAAAUCUUUAUCAAUCACAAAUACUGCAUUUCCGGUAUUAAGACUCCCGCGUGAGAACACCUUUAUGACCAGGUGCACUGAUUUUCAAAGAUCCAGCCUCAUCAGGCACCAAGAAACAUCAUGUUACACCUUUCCUGCUUGUCUGCUCCCAGACCGUGGUCGAGGAGCGCGGGUGAGACGUUCCCUCCAGGGUCGAUAUAUUGUCGGGGGUAACACCUCCCACUCUACCCGGAAGUGAGUACGUACAGUUCCGCUCUUUGGUCGGAAUGACGUGGCCGUCAAUUUGUUGCAACUCUUUAUUUAUGUUUUCCACAAAGCCAAGCGGACAUCCAGCAUGCUACUAACACUCCUGAACAUGCUAUUGCUCCCUCUCUUAACUUGCCCACUCAAUUACACACAUCACUAACCCCACAUAUUGCCAUUCUUAUAGGGUAACACACAGUUUAUGGCCAUCACGAAGCCAGAGAUGAAAUGCUAGAGGCAGUGACUGCCACUCUAUUAAAAUACAUUGAAACUAA